GUUCAUCACAUCUAAUGAUGCCACCGCCACGCUUCUUAUCCCACUCUUAUAUCACAUAGCCAAGACUAUGCAUGUGCAUCCUCUUCUGCUUAUGGUCCCCGGAGCAGUGGCAACUGAAUUUGCUUUCUUACUUCCAACUUCAACUCCUUCAAAUGUAGUUGGAUUUGCCACUGGCCAUAUUGAAAUCAAAGACAUGCUCAAAAUUGGAGUGCCACUUAAGGUUGCUGGGAUAGCGGUCCUCUCAAUUCUGAUGCCAACUCUAGGUAAUUUAUUGUAUAUGAUCUUGUACACAUUUUUAAGAGAAAACCAAUCUGAUUAAAAAAAUAUUCUGACUUCUAAAUUUUGGUGUUGCAGGAGCUGUUGUUUUUGGAACAAAUGUCGAUAUUCAAUGGCUGCCAAGGAUAAAGUCUCCUUGAUUGCGAAAUCGAUUUCUUCUCCAAAUCCCAUGUUGCUUUAUAAUUUUUUGGUGUUGUCUGUCAUUGACAAUUCCACACAACCUUCCUUCUUACCCCAGUAGAUCAAAGCAUAGCAAUUGUGGGAUACCUAGUAUAUAUUUAAUAUCAAUACUCAAUAAGCAAAGGAGGAGGGUGUUGAAAUAUCUGUCUCUCUACUGAAUUUUCUUUUUGACAGCUUGAGGGAAAGGUUUUUUUUAUCAACUUCUGUUGUAAUCAUUUCAUCCAUCAACUAUCUAUAAGGAAAUAUGGAUUGGAGAUGUCGUCACUGGUUAGUUUGCUUGCCAAAUUGUUUAUAAAUGUUAACUUUCUACUCGCGCACACAAAGUUUAUCUCUUUCGUCUUGAUUACAGUUUUGAAUGAUCACUGUAAAUCUGUAAUUUUUCUUAAUAAUAGCAGAAGAAAAAUGAUCUAAAAAGUUUUAACUUAGUAUAAUUAAUUCAUUUUUUUACUUUAUUUUUGGUGUGUAAUAACAAAAUAAUAAGAAGAAUUGUGCCUAAUUUUCACUUAAAGAUGAUAUCAUUAUGUCAUCAAACAAUUGGCCACUUCAAUGUUGAGUUUGUGCUUACUAAGAAGAGGAUCUAAUUCAAGUUGAAAAUAAUGGACUACAGUAUUACAAGACUGUAAUUAGAAUUUGGAAACAGAAUGAAAAUGAUUGAAUCAAGAGGUAAAAACUAUGAUUAAGCCCGAUUUUCACGCUUAUCAAUUUUUGCUAGAAGGCAUGUUAUUAGACCGACAUCUCAAAAGUAAAUGUAAGUUUAUGUUUUCAUGAAUUCAUCGUUGAAAAUUAAUUAUAUUUUACAUUUAGAAAAAAAUAAUAAUAAUAAUAAUCAGGAUAUAUUUGGUGUUAUUAUGAUUUAGGUGGAAGCCAAAUGCUUACACAGCCGCAGCUCGUGGAUUCAAAAGUCAAUGCCUCACCUAAUUUUGCAUUUUUUUUGUCUGCAGUUGAUUGGUGUAAUUCGAUACCCCCCUUUGUGGGCUACAGCACAGCACCCUCCACCUUCAACCUAACUCCGUCACCUUCUUUUCUCAUCCUUUGGGCUCUUUUAUGGGCCGACCCAUAAAAAAACGAUUCCCCUUCGACGCAGAGCUAUAAAUGGAAGGCAAACCCCAGAAGCAGAAGCAGCACGCAUAAACCUCGUGAAAAGUUGACAGCAUGAUGAGAUUCGAGUACCUUGUUGUUCUCUUUGCCUCAGCGGUUGCGAUGAAUGCAGCUGCUAUGCGAUUCGGUGGUUGGAGCCCCAUCAAGAACAUCAACGACCCCCACGUCACGGAGAUCGCGAAUUUCGCCGUCACGGAGUAUGUCAAGCGAUCUGGGGCGAAGCUGAAGUUGGAGAAGGUCAUCAAGGGUGACACCCAGGUGGUGGCCGGGAUCAACUACCGCCUCGUCCUCGCCGCCAACGACGGUUCCUCCUCUAACAACUACGAAGCCGUAGUCUGGGAGAAGUGGGAGCAUUUCAGAAACCUCACUUCCUUUACUCCUGUUCAUGCUUAGUUAAUAAGACAGAGUCUAUCGUAUUGUUAUCUAUAUAUGUGUUAUUUAUUUGUGCCAAUAAAAGUUAUGCUUAGUUAAUGAGAAUGAAUUGUGAAU